AUGCGCGCGCUCGCGGUCAUCGUCGCGCUGACGCUCGUGGCGUCGUCCGCGGCGUCCUCCGCGGGGACGGUCAUCGAGCUCACGGACGCGAACUUCGACGAGCAGGUCGCGAAAGGGCCGAUACUCAUCGACGUCUACGCGACGUGGUGUGGACACUGCAAGCAGCUCGCGCCGACGUGGCAAGAGCUCGCGACCGAGCUCGCGGACUCGAACAUCCGCGUCGCCAAGGUGAACGGCCCGGAGUGCCGCACGCUCGUCAAGCGUCUCGACGUCAAGGCGUACCCGUCCAUCUUUUACCUCAGAGACGGCGAGAUGCGCGAGUACACCGCCGCGCGAACGCUCAGCGCGCUCGCGAACUUCGGACGGUCCGGGUGGCGGUCCGUGAAGCCGGUGCCGUUUUGGAAGGCGCCGAACAACUGGUUCGGACGCGCGUGCGGCGUCGCGCUCGCCGCGCCGGGCGUCGCCGCGGAGAUGGUCGAGUGGUCUAAGAAGACGUACGGCGUCUCCGACGUCGUCGUGCUCUUCGUCGCGUUCGCGGUGCCGACGACGGUCGGGAUGCUCGCGAUCGCGCUCGUCGAUCAUCUCGUCGUUCGACAGGCGACGAUGGAGAGCGCGAACGCGCGGAGGAGGGACGAGCGGGAGCGGGCGGCGCGGGCGAGGGAGCGAGAGGAGGCGGUGGCGGGGGGCGACGGCGGAUGGGAGGGAGGCGGGGGGCGGGACGCCGCUCCGCAUCCGCAUCCGCAUCCGCACUACGAAUGACGAUCGACGACGUGUGGUUCAAACGCCACCUUAGAUAAUACAGUUCAAAAACUACUAUCGAUCGCGCC